CCGGCGUGCGUACGCCUCCUCUUGCGCUCUCAUCUUAAUGGCGGGCGUCGGCUGCUGAGUGGGACGUAGAUAACCGCUGCCGGCACAGGGAAAGUCUCCCUGCCUUCCCCUUUCCUCUCGCAGCUAGCGCCGGAGCUCGCCAGCAUGUCCGUGGUGCCGCCCAAUCGUUCGCAGACUGGUUGGCCCCGGGGGGUCAACCAAUUCGGCAACAAGUACAUCCAGCAGACCAAGCCCCUCACCCUGGAGCGUACCAUCAACCUGUACCCUCUUACCAAUUAUACUUUUGGUACAAAAGAGCCCCUCUAUGAGAAGGACAGCUCUGUUGCAGCCAGAUUUCAGCGUAUGAGGGAGGAAUUUGAUAAAAUUGGCAUGAGAAGGACUGUAGAAGGGGUUCUGAUUGUCCAUGAGCACCGACUACCCCAUGUGUUACUGCUACAGCUGGGAACAACUUUCUUCAAAUUACCUGGUGGUGAACUUAACCCUGGAGAAGAUGAAGUUGAAGGACUAAAACGCUUAAUGACAGAGAUACUGGGUCGUCAAGAUGGAGUCCUGCAAGACUGGGUCAUUGAUGACUGCAUUGGUAACUGGUGGAGACCAAAUUUUGAACCUCCUCAGUAUCCAUAUAUUCCUGCACAUAUUACAAAACCUAAGGAACAUAAGAAGUUGUUUUUGGUUCAACUUCAAGAGAAAGCCUUAUUUGCAGUUCCUAAAAAUUACAAGCUGGUAGCUGCACCACUGUUUGAACUGUAUGACAAUGCGCCUGGAUAUGGACCCAUCAUUUCUAGUCUCCCUCAGCUUUUGAGCAGGUUCAAUUUUAUAUACAACUGAAUUCCUGUGCAAUGGAGAAGUAAGAGAAGCCGUCUCUGUGAGCACAGCUAUACACAGUGUAGAAUAAACAUGCUAGGAAGGUUUUUUUGGUUUUAUCUCUUUCCCAGUCCCUAAAUUGCCACCUACUUUUUGUUGUUUGAAUAGUAAAGUUAAUAUGGAAAACUAGAUUGUGGUAUAAACAAAUGUGAUGAUGUUUAAUUUACUUUUGGUUUUACUCAUACUUUUUUUGUACAACAUUAAAGAAAGUAGACUUCUUUCUA